GAAAAGAAAGGUGACGAAGUAUCCCUUUAUUAUAAAAUUAACAUGGUAUGCAGUGUUAUUGGCGAAUAUACUUGUGUCUGUUCAAAUGUUGAGUGUCUUCUUGUGAAGUGUCGUAAUUACAUUAUAGCUAUUGUAUACCGACCUCGCUCUGGGUCCCUUGGUGUAUUUCUUGAAUUUCUGGAAGGUAUUUUUCAGGAUUGUUCUGAUAGUAAAUUGCCUGUGAUACUUGUUGGUGAUUUUAAUAUCAAUCUGAUGCUAUCUGACUCAUGGCAGUUGGCAUUUUUAGAUCUUGAGCAAUCAAACGGGUUUGAAAAUAUUAUAGAUCUGCCUACUUGCGUUACCUCUGAUACUGAGACCUUAAUUGAUUUGUGUAUAACCAAUUUAAUGGCUAACGACAUAGUAUCCGGUGUAAUUACAAGUGACUUAAGUGAUCAUUUACCCCUGUUUUGUUUUGUUUCAUGUGAAAACAUUAGCUGCAAUGAAACGAAUAUCAGUAGCCCUUACCGUCGAGAUAUAAACGACUACAGUACCGAACACUUUGUUGCGCUUGUAUUGAACAUAAACUGGGAUGACAUACAGAUUCUGGUGAAUGCAACUUUUCUGUUCAUCACUAAAGUUGUGAUAAAAAAACACCUGAAAUACACUAUUUAA